AUGUCUGAAAUCGAGUACAAUGACCUUGUAUUUGAUAUAAGUACAAAAAUUAACGUAAACCAAUUGGAAAAAAUGGUUUUUAUGUGCAGAGGGCAGAUCUCAAAAAGCAGGAAAAAAAAGUUUAAAAAUGUACUCGAAUUACUUGUAGAACUUGAGGAACAGGGUAACCUCGGAAUUGACCGGUUAGAAACGUUGAAACAGAUUUUGGAAAGGUUAAAGAACCAACGUAUGCUCAAGAAGGUGAAGGAGUUUGAGAACAAGAGAAAAGCUCAGUCAGUCGGCAUCAUUGCUUCAUUUAAGCAGGCCGCUGUCAAUUUGAAAGGAGCGAUCAAGAUGAUUUGUAACUCUCGCAACAUUGGUCGUGCUCUCCUGGUAGUUAGUGCCGGCAUGGCUCUCUAUGAAUGCUCAACUCUUGAUGAGUAUUUCGAGACCUUUACCAAAAUGGUGUUGCCUGCAUCCACCAAACUGAUUGAAAUCAGAGAGGGAUCUCUGUGCUUCACAGUACAAGCAGAGACGCCAGCAGCUCUAAAGGAGUUAUGGGACAUCUACAAAGAUGGAACAUUGCAGAGACGUCUUCAAAAAUUUCUAGUUAACGAUGACAUCAAACAGUUGACAGAUGCAGAAGACAUUGAGGUGGCUGUUUUCAUUGAUGAGCAAGAGUAUAUGACAUCAUUUAAUUUUCUGCAAAAUCAAGUGCCUGAUUUGAAAGAAGAGCGGUUUCGAAGGAAAUCUGACUCCUUCUUUCACAUCAAUUCAAAUCAGAGAGAGAUUGCUGUGAUGAGGCUGACACAAGUAGAAAACCAGUUGAGCUUUGAAAGACAAGUUCAUGGAGAGGAAAUAAAAAAACUCAAGGAGAAGAUUAUCCUGACAAGAGAGUCAAGGGCGCCAAAUAUCAAACAGGAAGAACUGCCUGGACGAAGAACUCGAAGGCAUUCGGAGUCUUUUCUUUAUUACAAACGAAAUGAGGUCGAGGUAGCUUCGAUGAGGCAAUUGGAGCAAGCAGAAGAAUGGAGGAAAGAGAAACAGAUUUUUGAAUUAAAGAUCGCAGAGCUUGAAGAAACUCUGAAAGCAGAAAGGAUGAGCAAUAUGGACCGUAAGCAUUCAGAAGCUACGACUCUCGGGAGACCUUGGAAGAGGCGACGCAGAAAUUCUGAUUCUAACUUGUACUACAUGGCAAGAAAAGAGGGAGUUGAACAAACUGGAAAACAACCAGAGCGAGCUUUAGAAGGAGGAGCACAAAUGGACUUAGAGAGGCGUAUGUUCGUACAUAAUUAUUUGCAGAAUAGGAGACUUAAAUUUAGCGUUCGUUUUAAAAUUUAUCCCCAGAUAAAUUUUCGUUAUUUGCUGUAUUUUUCAUCCUCGUCCGUUGUGACAUUGAACCGUACUCCCCAGCCGUGUUAUCAAUAUCUGACUCGGUAAAUUAAAGGAGAGGUUAGUCACCUCAUUUCCCAUAAAAGUGAAAUUGAUUAUCUGUCCUUUGUUAUCGAAGCGAAGAAUAGGGCUGCACGAAAACCUUGUUGACGUGUCUGCUUCUUCUGGAGGAGAUAAUUUUCUAACCUCGAGGCUGGAUUGUGGCAAACAGUGGACCUGAUAUCAAUGAUGAGAGAAUUAGAGGUCUUUAGCAGAAAAGAAUAUGGAAAGAAGCCACGUUCAUGUGUACAACAGAGGAGAAUUUGUCGUGUCUUAUAAGGUUUAUAACGCAUGAAGAGCCGACUAAUUAGUAAUUUUGCGGCGGAAAGUGAGGUAAACCAUCAAGGCUAACCGAGUUAGAUUAUACUCAGUUUCAGCUGAAUUAUACAAAAUACAGAGGCCACUUUUCAGACAUUUACGUUUUAUAAUCAAUUGGACUAUUUUAUUCAGGAAAUAGACGAUUGUCUGAGACCCAAGUGACCCAAACUCAGAUUUAAAGCGGCUUCGUUUUAGUUUGAUCGGAUUUUUAGUUCGAUCCUCACUAAUUAUGACGGUAUUUUGUCGAACAGGCAGCUAUGCUAAAUACUAAGAAACAAAAAACGUUGGGUCUAUGAAUUGUAAACUUUGGGUCUAUGAAUUGUAACUUCUUCGGUUACAUUCAUUAAAUCUGUAAAGGUGUUGAGGUGUUUACUGAUUUAAGUAGUCAGGCUUUGGUGACUUCGAUGCUGGUUCAAAGUGUAGAAAGAGCCCACUUUUUAAGCCGUAAGUAUGAACCAGGAGGGUGAUGGGGGUAUUUUAUCUUUUUCGUGGAAAAGAGGUUGUAGCUUGGUUGUCUGGAACAAACGAACGAACAAACGAAAGAACACACGAACGAACGAACAACCGAACGAACGAACAAGCGAACGAACGAACACACGCACGAACGAGCAACCGAACGAACAAACACACGAACGAAGAAUGAAGGAACAAAUGUACUAAGGAAAAAAAAAGAAACGAACGAGCGAACCAAUGAACAAGCGGAAGAACGAAUGAACGAGCCAACCAAUGAGCAAAUGUACGAACGAACGAAUAAAUGGAAGAAUGAAAAAAUGAACGACAGAACGAAUGCAUGAACUAACGAACGAAAAACAAACGAACAAACGAAUGCGCGCACGGAAAAACCAAAGAACAAUCGAAGAAACGAACGAAUGAUGGAAGGAAAGUUGACUUCUCUUACACUAUUGGAUAAAUUUGGUCGGGAGAUGCUGUAAGCAAAUAAAAAACAAAACAUAUUUUCUCAGUCAUUCGAGACAAAAAAAUGCAAGAAAAGGUAGAGAUAUUACAGGUUGAACUACGUUCUUAGCGCAUUGAAGUUUUAAAUUUUAUGGCAUUGCACUAAUUGAAAACAACGAUAGACAGGAAUUAAUGGUAGUUUUACCAAUUCUUUUG